AUGUCCCAGCCAAAGUAUACGGUGUUUGUGAGGGUGCCCAUACCCAGGGGAGACUUUGUUGAUCCUCCUCCCGUCCAUUGGGAUUCGUCCAAAGAUGAGGCUUUGUGGAAGAUUCUUUCUGGUGCAACGCAAACCGAGAUUGACUGGAGUCAAGUUGCUGAACGAUUCGAUGUCCCCGUCGAUUUCCUCCUUAAGCAAGUCGCGUACUUGACUGAAAGACAUGCGUCGCAGGUUCGAGCCCAAGUCCGAAAGGCUACGGCCGCAGCGAAAGGCUCAGCUGCCCCAUCUCCCAUCCCUGGCGCAGAACCGACUGGGUCAUCAUAUCAACGCGCUCCAUCUGCCCUUUCAGGACGACGAGACUCGCCGAUGCCGCGACCUGAGGGUGCGCUGAGUGGAACGCCGCUUUCAAUACCUAUACGCCCGAAUAUGAGUCGUGAUACGUCUGGCAACACUACGAUUCUGAAGGAUGUCGCUAGUUCAUCUUCCCCGCGCCAUGGUACGUCGUUCCCGGGCAGAGCGGUCGACCAGGCAGGCAGGAAGAGACUAUCGUCACUACCGAUACCGUCACCUACAGCAAAAUCGCCCGAACCGCAGACCGACCAUCGCCACAAUGAAGCGAUUUCGCCAGGACCUGCUGAAUCCAGCUCCAAUGAAUCGUCUGACGAGGAAUCCAGCCCCGCACAGUCUCGAAUUAUCCGCCGCCCACCACGAUUUCAACAACAGGAAGCUGCGAAAACGUAUCCUGAUGACGGAGAUGAUGAAUUGGAGCCCGCGUUUCAACCGUUCCAGGCUUCAGAUCAGCCAGGUCAAGACCUGGCUUCAACACUGAGGGGAGAUGGACGGGCUUCUGGUCGACGAAACCACAAAAAUCCCAUGCGGGAGUACCUUCACCAAUCUCAAACGUCUGACGAUUCGUCCACAGGCUCGCCUACUGCGAUACCAAGGCCGAAAUCGAAGGAAUCCAAGAUACCCGGACCGCUCUCUCCACGGCGAACUGCUGAGCUGGCAGGACGCAGUCCGAGCGGCAAGGGAAAGGCGAGUUCUCGCGAGGGUAGUGAUGGGACUCCCAGCAUGGGAAGUAGUUUUAGUGAUCUGGAUGACGCAUCAGUAACCCAAUCCGCUCUUGAGGAAGCUCUUGCAAGUCACAUGAAUCGAGGCGCCAGCAGCCGAUUUAGUAUCAGUCAAGCGUUCAGAAGUCGAUAUACGCAGGGUUGA